CCUCGUGCGAGAGCUCAAUUUCGACUGUCAAGAGCAAGAAGUGUCAAUUAAGCAGCGUUGCACUUACCAUUUUACCGCAUUUUGUGGCCGAUUGGCUGAUAUUGGAGAUAAUGGCACAAAACAUAUCCUCAGAGGACGAUAUUCGGGACUUGCAGGACACUACUGUAACCUUGCGGCUGAAAAUCCCACCGAUCUACAAGAAAUUGCUCCUGAAAGAGUGCGAACUGGAGCACCAAAUGCUGAUCGAAACGGACAUCUGUGUGCCAAAGCAACAGCUCAGCAAGCUGGCCACUGUAGAAAGAAUCCGGGUGCAAGAAUACCCGGCCGAUGAGACCACCGCCAAAAUUCAAACCCUCAGCCAAACGCUGGAUGUUCUCGAGAAGUUCUUUCCGGGUUCUCGCAACUAGCCGACUGCGCCUGUUCGCUCAACAGUCUUCAAUCUCCAGCACGGCAUGUAUCUCUUCGAAUACUAGUUUUAGACAGGACAGUCCGGGUUUAAGAUGCUGUGGUUGUUCGAAAUAGGUAGGAUUAGCCAAAGGAACCAAUAAAGAAAGGGAACUUUAAUCUCA